UUCUUCGGACGCGACGGCGAACUUGAAUAAGGGACCGUAUGCGUCCCAGCUGAUCUGCCGCAAAUCUAAGAUUUGGUCCAGAAAUAUACCAUCCCGUAAUUCCGAAAACUUGUCGUAUCGAGAAAAACGAGGAUCAGUCUUCUUCCUGCAGAGUCCUAGGCCUACCAUGAGCAAGGAUUCCCAAAUGAGGGCUGCAAUUAACCAAAAGUUGAUAGAAAUGGGGGAACGGGAGCGAUUGAAAGAAUUGCUGCGGGCGAAGCUUGUGGAGUGUGGAUGGAAAGAUCAGCUGAAAGCACACUGCAAAGACGUGAUAAGAGAAAAGGGCCUUGAGCACGUGACGGUGGAGGACCUCGUCACAGAAGUCACACCAAAAGGCAGAGCGCUGGUCCCCGACAGUGUGAAGAAGGAGCUGCUCCAGAGGAUCCGGGCCUUCCUCGCUCAGCACGCCACCUUGUGAAACGCACGCCAUUUAGUUUUCCUGGACCACAGGUGUUGAUACUCGUACCGUGUCGUGAGAAGUGUUAUUAUGAUUUAGUUUUUUUACAUCCUGCAUUUUGAUAUUAAUUUUUGUUUGUUCGCUGGUGUUGUUCUUGUUGAAAUAAAAC